AAACAGGAAUGCUAUAACAUGGAACAAACUCGUAAGGCUUUUGUGAUGUGUGUGAAGACAGGCAGACCAGGGGCCGAGCAGGAUAUAAAUAUGAUAAGAAAUUGGCUUGAAGAGUGCAAGUUUGAAUGUAUAUCAUGCAUUGAUCCUGAUGAAAAGGAGUUAAUGGAGAAAUUAACAGAGUUUCGAGAUGGACUAAAUGGAAUAAAAGAUGAUGUUAGCUGCUGCCUUGUUACUCUCAUGGCCCAUGGAGGAAAAGGCUUUAUCAACACAGUAUUCGAUGAAAGAGUCAACUUAACAGACAUAUUUGAAAUGUUCAACAAUGAAAACUGUCCAGCCCUUCAAGAGAAACCAAAACUCUUUGUAAUCCAGGCUUGUAGAGGAGAAAGAAGAGAUAGUGGUGUUAUUCAAGCUGAUAAUCUAUCAACGAAACAGGAUAGUUCAAAGAAAAAGCGACUUCCCACAUCCAGUGAUUACUAUAUCAUCUAUCCCACCCAAGAAGAUCACAUCUCUUUACGCCACUCAAUGAAUGGUUCUGUGAUGAUUCAAGCGAUAGAUGAAGUCUUUCGGAAACAUGGCAAGAAGUUGCAUAUUGUGGAUUUUUUUACUCAAGUGAACAACAGAGUGGCGCACGCAGACUUUAACAUGGGUAGGAAUCCUGUCAAAGUAGUACUGGUCACAGAGUCCACUCUCACCAAAGCUGUGUAUUUUUGACACCUGGAGGCAGAGGUGGAGGGUUUUAAUUACAGAACAACUUGUUCAUGCAUUAGCAUUGUGCUAUUCACUGUAUAAAACACUGGCUCUUACAUAUAUUGGUUGGAAUCUGCUGUGGAGUUUUCUAGGACUGUACAAAUCCUAGAAUGUAGAUAGGAGUAAGAACAGACGUGAACUAUAGACAGAGGCCUCAUCUUAAGAGUUCUUUCUGUGAAAAGAUGAAUUUCUCUAAUUUUUAAAUGUAUUUCAUGUUUCUAAGAUGUUUUAAAAGUGGUUUAUUUACUACUUGAACUUAAAAAAAAGUGAAAUCUGUCAAGACAUUUAGAGGCACUCUGUUUUCCAGAGGUAAGGCCCGGCAAGCAGGCUGUGCCCUGAGCUUGGCACAACAACAAUCUUUUGCACUCACGGUCUGGAUGAUCUCGCCCUCUGGCAAAAUGCAUUGCUUUGAUCAGCACCAGGUGUUCUCUGAGGGAUUUAUGAUUUUCAUAUUAAUUGAUAACUAUUUAGAUUUGUUGGAGCUUUCCUAUUUCCCAAGGACCUGAGAGCCAGAAGCAGCUAACGUGCUAGAGCAGAAAGCAGUCAAUCCCAUCUCUUGACACUCUGGCCAGUCCCUGCACUUGUAAUUGCUAAGCGAACUGAACCAGAUGCUGCACUCCUGUUCCUGCCGUGCUAACUCUGAUUCUGUACCCUGCAAAAUAAUCACAAGCUUCAAAGACCCUGAGGAGCUUAGAGACUAUUCCCACAGGACCCAAGAACUCUUGUGAUGGUCCAAAGAUGCCUGCACGUGAGGGAUUGCCGGGGGAAUUGUUUACUCAAGACCUAAGAAUGAUUGUGUUGGGUCCUGCCUUUUUGUGGGUUUCAUGCUUAAAAACCCUACCCCUGCCACAAAUCACAAGCUCUCCUUCUCAGGAGGUCUUUGGUUUGCAAACCUGUUUUCCUCACUCUGAAAUUAAACUUUUGUUUGACUCCUGA